UCAUGCCCCGCGGCACCGCGCGCCGGCCGCCUCACAGCCCCCGCCAUGGCCUCCGCCGGCGGUAGCGAACCCGAGCGGCCUCACCCCAAACCUUUCCUCAUCGGUGUCAGCGGCGGCACCGCCAGCGGCAAAUCCACAGUCUGUGAGAAGAUCAUGGAGCUUCUGGGGCAGAAUGAGGUGGAGCGGCGGCAGCGGAAGGUCCUCAUCCUCAGCCAGGACAGCUUCUACAAGGUGCUGACCGCCGAGCAGAAGGCCAAAGCGCUGAAGGGACAGUACAACUUCGACCACCCGGAUGCUUUUGAUAAUGAUUUGAUGCAUUCAACCCUGAAGAACAUUGUUGAGGGCAAAACGGUUGAGGUACCAGCGUACGACUUUGUGACCCAUUCUCGGCUGGCAGAGACAACUGUGGUCUAUCCUGCUGAUGUUGUCCUCUUUGAGGGAAUCCUGGUUUUCUACAACCAAGACAUUCGGGACAUGUUCCACCUCCGGCUCUUUGUGGAUACAGACUCCGACGUUCGGCUGUCCCGCAGAGUUCUGCGGGAUAUGAAACGUGGGAGGGACCUUGAGCAGAUCCUCACCCAGUACACCACGUUUGUCAAACCUGCCUUUGAGGAGUUCUGUUUGCCGACAAAGAAGUAUGCAGAUGUGAUCAUUCCCCGAGGAGUUGACAACAUGGUUGCUAUAAACCUCAUCGUGCAGCACAUUCAGGACAUCCUCAACGGAGACAUCUGCAAGUGGCAGCGUGGGGCAGUGAACGGGCACGGUCGGACCUACAAGCGCCCGUUCCCUGAGCAAACUGAGGGCAGCAGUGUGCUGGCACCUGGCAAGCGCUCCCACCUGGAGUCCAGCAGCCGCCCACACUAGCCUCCUGAAGGAUAUUUGCCUCUGGUCCAGACCAACACUGAAGACAAUUUAAGGGAAGAAGGACUUCAGCAGAAUGGUUGGUGAAGUGCCCUUUAAGUCCUCCUAGCAGUAGAGGGGAUGCUGGUGUCAAACUUCCUGCAGAGGGGAGAGGAAGGAGUUGGCUUGCCCGCCCCUCUUCCCUCCAGACCCCCUCUCCUGUGUCUGGAGUCAUUCUGCUCCUCAGUGAACUGGGUAAAGGCAGUGACACUUGCCAUUUUUUUUUUUUUUUAAUUUUCAAAAUGAGAUCUAAGGCUCCCUGGAAAAUUAAGUGCUACCAGGUGAUUAGCAAGAGACCCCAUUUCCCUCAUUUUUAUCUACUUUAGCGGGAAAAUUAGCUGCCUAUUUUAUUUUCCAUUUUCAGAAGACAAAACAGUCUCUUUCUCCAAGACUAGCUCACACCUUGUUAAUGUCACCCAGCAGGUGUAGUCCCUUAUUCUCCACUUUGCUGGGACCUAGAAUUCUGGUGUUGCUCUCCUGCUGGGCAGCCUCCUUUGUGAGGUGUAGCAGCAUGUGGGGGCAGGAAUGACCUGUAGAGCAAUCUCUCCCUUGAGACAGAGCCAAAACCAAACAUGUCUGGAGCAAAUGGAAACUUGCCGUCCAUCAGGGGGCACAGGCCCAAGUAGUUGUGUGAUUCCAGUGCCUAAUUUAUUCCUUUCCAAGCACCUGAUCCUUGCUACACUGUAUGAAUAAUUUUUGUACCCAGUCUCCUUUACCAGGGUGUGUCGCUCCAAAUGGAUUGAGUUGGAAAUGGAGAGUUGACCUUGUCAGUAUUGCUGGGUUUUUUAGGGUGUUUCUGUACUGCUGGUUGCAGAUUCUGCUGGGCAGAAUCCGUUCAAUUCCAGGGGUGGGUGGUGAAGUCAGUGAGGGGCAGAGUGGAUCUGUGAAUUGCAAGAAUCCCACCCCUCUUCUGCUGGCACGAACAGCUCUCUGGCCAUGCUCCUGCCCUCAGACAGGGUCAAAGCACUUGCCUUGCACUCAGGCAGUUUAAACUCAAGAAUUUAUUUUUUUUUCCUAAAAAAGAGCAGACGAGGCUGGAAGUAUAAACACUGCAAUCCCAGUUUCUGAGUUUACCUAAGAUAAGUGAUACUGCAGCAAUGGCGAGUUUCUGGAAGAGCAAUAAUUCUGCAAUGAAGUGCUUGUUGGGCCUUUGAAAAAUGUCCUUGUGCUACCUGAGUCUGGACUUAGGGUGUAAAUGUAACAGAUUUGUAAAGAGCAGAGUCUGGGGGGGAGGGGGAGGGUUUGCAGAAUAUUAAGAGGAAGUUUUUCAUAUUUGCUAGUUUUCUAAAACCAGGGUCUGGCUGUGUUGGCUGUGUGUGUGUCUGUGUGUGUGUGUGUUACUUUGGCUAAUAAAUAAAUGAACAAAUAGUGGAGCAGAAAUGACUAUUUUAUGUAAGAGGUACUUACAUACCUGUAAUAUAUACCUGUACGUAUGCUGUACUACACCAGCAUAAAGGGAUAGAAAGGAAUGCCUCUGGAGUGACCUAGUACUUAGCGGUUCUUUCUCCCCCUUAACUGUUAGUUUGGUAAUGUCUGAAGUUUCAGAGAAAGUAACAAAAAAACCAAAAACAAACAAACAAACACUU